UUUCUGUUAUUUUUGACAAGAAUGGCGUCGCCAUCUCCGGGUAUCACCUUCUCGGCGACCGUCCGGCCUGCAACGCGGAUGCGGACACCCGCCCCUCCACCCGUCGUCGAACAUGUCACCGAAGUCGAGAAAAAAGAGGGCGAGACGUUUGUUACGCAGCGAGGUGGAAAAAUUAUCCAACCGAUUAUCCCAAAUGACCGUCCAGCAACUCACUUUGCAACCCGCCACACCCUCCAAUCCACCCUCCUCCUCCAGAAAAAAAAGGAAAUGCAAUCCGUUCAAUCCCAGCUCGAAAAAAAGCGAUUGGAUUUCGCGAGAAGGAUGGAAGAAUGUCGAGAAAAGCAGGAGGAAUUGAAAGCAAAGCAAAAACAAAUACGGGACCGUGUAACGAAAUUUGAGAAAUUCUUGAAAGAGAAUGAUGCGAAACGGCAGAGAGCGAAUGCUAAAGCGCAAGCUGAACGGAAAUUGAGGGAACAAAAGGAACAAGAACUCUACACCCUAACGCAAACCCUCCACACCGAACAAACCAAACACAACCACACCCUCCACCUUAUCCAAAAAUACCAAAUCUACGAAACCUACCUCCAAUCCGUCGUAGAUCUCCUCCCUCCCGACUACCUCGACAUCCCCGAACCCCACAUAAACGACAUCCUAAUGCGCCACAAAACCCUCCUAGAAACCUCCCAAGACCUCUCAAAAACCGUCAGCGACUCCACAGACGAAAUGGAACGCGUGCAAACCAUCCUGGUCGAGCUCGUCAAGGAAAAGAAUGAUUUGAUUUUGGUUUAUAAUUCAACGUUGGGGACGUUGCAAAAGAGGUUGGAUCGCUUAAAGCAGGAGUGUGCGUAUUUGGAGCAGAGGUUGGAGGAGAGGGAUAAUACUGGGAAAGAACGGAUGCGCAUGUUGAGUGAAACAAAACUUGCCAUCAAUAAUAUUUACGAUCGUGUCGGUCUCCGGCCUCACCAGCAGACCCAACACCAUCACCAUGACGGCGGAGCCCCUCCACAAGGCACAACACACAUAAUGCCUCAACAACCACAACAAGAACUUGUCAAUAUAGAUAAUUCUGCAAAAGCCCUUGCGGAGCGGUUACAUGCGAUUCAAGAUCGGGUGCUGGAUUUACAACAUAUUGCACAACGAGCAGAACAGUUUUUGACACAAGAUCGAGUCGAAAAGGCAAAACGACAAGCAGCCCUCGCCGCCGAAUCCACAUCUUUCAAAACUUGAGCAUCACACCAACUUCCAUAAGAACAAGCUUCCCAAAUGUACAUUAUUUUACUUGCGUAUAAAUUAAAGAAUAAGCCCUUAUUACGAUAUGCGCCGCUUCUUUUCUACAAUGGUAUACCCUUGAAUAAUAUCUCCCUCCUCAAACUUAUCAAACC